AUAGUUAGAUACUACCAAUCAUUGAAGUAGCAUCAUACAAUCGAUUAUAUAUAACAUUAAAUAUCAUUUUAAUUUGCUGAAAAAUCGACAUCAUAUUUUGACGUCAUAAUGAAGACAUUCGGGCUUUUUUUAUUAGUGGUGCAGAUAUCUUUUAUGACAACCAGUAAUGGCACGCCGAUGGGCGUAAACUUAGAUAUCGAGGUUCCCGAGGAAUGUAAAGGACAAGGUUUCUGUUCCGUCAGACCUCGAGGCUAUGACGCAAUCGAAGAGAAGCUCAACAGCAUCCUCCCGCAACAUAUAAUUGAUCUUCACACCAGAUCUAGUGAUCUUUCAGAUUUCUACCCUGAUGACGUUGCCGAUAACUGCCCAAGCACAAUUACGACGCAAUCGGUCUACAUGUAUGACCACGAUUCUGAUGAAGCGGACAUCAUCGUGCAAACCAAACUUAUUCCCCAACAAAUCACAGAAGUUAAAUGCGAUCGUCAGCAGAUGGGAAAUGGAGACCAAUGCUUCAUGAAAAUGGCACUCAAUGGUGUCAAGACUAGUUGUCGAGAGCAAAUGGCAGAACGGACUUUACUGGUUUAUGAUCGUAGAAUAGACAAAAUUAGGAUGAAAAGUUAUAAUAUUAGUGUUUGCUGUUCCUGUCACAUUACAACCGAUCUCUAAAAACUUGUUAUCUUCAAAUAAUUAUGUAUAAUGAAAUAAUUUUUCUACGCUAAAUGUUAAUGUAAUUUAUAGAAACGAAGUAAAUAUUUGUAUAUGGU